CACACCAGAUCUCACAUUUGUGCUCUGGAAACUGCUAUCUACUCAGAGAACUUCUGUCAGAAGCCAAGGGGGCGGGGCGGCACUGCUCAGCUUCUGACAUCACCACCCUCUUAUUAUCAGUGGAAGCAGGCUUGACUUAGCACCCUUAUCUAAGGCAUCGUGGAGGGCAGCUGGCUAAAAGGUACCUGGAACUCAAACAUGGGACACUGGGAGAGAAGAAAACUUCUCAGUUUCUCCUGGGCUGACAGAGGUUCCUGAGAGAGACUUCAGAACUUCAUUCCAGCUGGCCCUUGAAAGCUGUGCCUGGAAGGGGAGAGCUUCGGAGGGAUAAACAGCGCUGUCUCCAGCUCCUCUGGGUCAGGAGCAGUCUGCUCAGAAGGAAGUGGUGUUUCCCUGACCCCAAUGUUCCCACAGCCCCCUGGAUGGUGAUCAUGGGGCUGUACCCUUCCCACCCUUGGGAACUCAGUCAAAUAGUUAUCUUUAUGGCACCAGUUUGUCCACGUGCUUGACCAGUGGGGUUUCACUUUUGCAAACAUCUGUUUAUAACCCUUGAGAGAAAAAUACCAAGCAGCCUGCCCCAAGAACUCAAGCCGAGAACAAGGGCAGCCCAAGAUGGAUUAUUCCACAGCGGCCCCCGAGGAUGACUAUGAUGUCCUCAUACAGGAUGACCUGGACAGCCAUGAGCCGGAGCAAGCCCUCACCCCCCAGCUCCUCUCUGCCCAGCAGGCAUUGCAGUUCUUCUGUCUUGUGUUUGCACUGGGGCUCCUGAACAAUGCAUUGGCUGUGUUCAUCCUGGUAAAAUACAAGGGACUGAAGAAUGUGGGGAACAUCUACUGUCUAAACCUGGCAGUUUCGAAUUUGUGUUUCCUGCUUCCCCUGCCGUUCUGGGCACAGGCUGCCGCAAGCGGGGAGAGCCCUGGCAAUGGGACUUGUAAAGCUCUUGUUGGGCUCCACUCCACGGGCUUAUACAGCGAGACGUUUUUCAACAUCCUUCUCCUCGUGCAAGGGUACAAGUUGUUUUCCCAAGGGACACAGUCCUCGGCCCUCACAACAGUGCGCAGUGUUGUUGUUACAAGCAUCCUGGCCUGGAUCACGGCUGUUACACUCGCUUUGCCUGAAUCUGUGUUUUACCAGCCUCACAUGGAAAGACAGAGAAGCAACUGCGCCUUUGGCAAACCUCACUUUUUGCCAGUUGGAGAGCCAUUCUGGAAGUAUUUUCUGACUUCAAAGACAAACAUUUUGGUUCUUGGUUUUCCUCUGGUGGUUUUUAUAUUCUGCUGUGCGCAAAUGAGGAAAACACAGGCCUUCAGGGAGAGGCAGAACGAUCUUCGAAAGCUUGGUUUUGUCAUAAUGGCCGUAUUCCUUUUGAUGUGGGCGCCCUACAAUAUUGUGCUCUUCCUGUCUGAGUUCCAGGAACACCUGCCCCUGCAGGAUGGAAAGCACAGCUACCACCUGGAUGCAAGUCUUCAGGUCACACAGCUCAUUGCCACCACCCACUGCUGUGCUAACCCUCUCAUCUGUUUGCUUUUUGACAAGGCCUUCACACGCUGUCUCUGCAGCCUGUUCCCACGGUGCAGCGGCAGCCCGUCUCGAAGUGGGGCAGACUCUCAGGGAGCUCCGCCAAGGAGAGGCCAUGACCAGACCUUUGAACUCUACAGUAGUUUGCAUCAAAGGCAGGAUAUGUAAACCUUGAUCCUUGUCUCUUCGUAUUAUUUUAUGUAAUUUUUUACGUUUAUAUAAAAAUAGAAUAUAAGAAA